AUCCUCGACGUCCUGAGGAGUUACUUCUGGUGUCCAAGGAUCGUGAUACAGCAGAAUCCGGGUAACGUGGACCACCUCCCGUUUACAAUUCGGGGAUGGCCCCUUACGGAUUUCAUUAUUCUAGUCUGUGCCUUCAUUGCCAUCGCAGCUGCUGCUCCCCAGUACGUUAACAGUCACGAAGAGACUCACCAUGCACAUCAACUUAACUACGGCGGCCACCAUGGAAACGGCGAAUCACCAAAACAAGCUAGAAUUCUUCGUUACGAAACUGAGCAAGGAGUAGGACCUGAAGGAUACAAAUAUGCUGUAGAAACUAGUGACGGUGUUGUAAAAGAAGAACAAGGUGUCUUCGAAAAUGCCGGAACCAAAGAAGAAUCCCUUAAAGUUGUAGGUCGUUACCUCUAUCCCGGUGGUCCCAACGGAGAACUCUUGACCAUUGAAUAUGUAGCCGAUAAAAAUGGAUUCCAACCUAUAGGUGAACACAUUCCCAAACCUGUAGAACCAGUAGUACAAGGAGUACAUGGAUCAAAUGGAGCACAUGGAGUAUAUGGAGC